GACGAUGAAGGUUCGAUGGAGGUUGAUUGGAAGUCCGAUCGGAGAUUGGACGAUAAAGGUCUGAUCCGCGAUCUGAACGCUGCUUGGAUAUGUAAGUUCUGGUCGAUUCCACUUCUAGUUGCUCACGAUGGUCUUCCGCUUCCUAGAGAUCUUUUCUUCUGCUUAGCAAAUUUCAACCUAUGAAUGAGCAUAUGAAUGUGAUUGUAAGACAAUAAUACUACGACGACGAUGGCAGACCCCGGUGGUGUUGGCGGCGAAAGAGGCGAGCUUGGCGAUGAGAAAUACCCUUUGAUGGACAGUGCAAAGGGUAAUCACCAGAGGAGAGGGAGUUUGGGUCUUCCAUGGGUGUCCCAAACACAAUGGUCAGGCGAAAAACCUUCCAGAGAUUCCCGUUUUAAUGACGAUGAAUCCGUGAAUGUAAAGGUUGUGCUACGUUGCAGACCACCAAAUGGGGAUGAAGUGAAGGCAAAAGAACCCCUAGUGAUAUCAUGUGAUGAGCAAAAACAUGAGGUGUCUGCAAUCCUAAACACAGCUACUAAACAGACAAAUAGAACUUUUAUUUUUGACAAGGUCUUUGGUCCCUCAACUCAACAGAAAGACUUGUACAAUCAAGCUGUGGCGCCUCUUGUCGACGAUGCUCUUGAAGGGUAUAGCUGCACGGUCUUCGCAUACGGCCAAACAGGAACUGGAAAAACGUAUACAAUGGAAGGGGAAGUAGGGAUGGAAAAGGUUUGAUCUUCUCGGUUUGGUUUGAUAUGGUUUUUCCCCCCUUGUUUGGCCGGGAUGGAAUGGUUUGUUUCAUUUUUUUCCCAUGGUGAUAGAAUGGAGAGCUCAAGAAGAAUGCAGGGGUGAUUCCGAGAGCAGUAGAGCAGAUUUUCAAGAAGCUGAAGUCUGAAAAGGCAGAGUAUACAAUGAAGGUGACAUUCAUAG